AUGGAAGUCACAGUACACCAGCCCAAGCCGGCCAACGGUGCGACAACGUCCCGAAUUGCCCUCGGUGUGACUAGAGGUGCUUGCCAUGGAGAAUGCAAGGGAAAAAUAAGCAUUCCUAAGCGUCCUUUCGUCCAUACUGUGGUUCCCAAAGCGAGAUCAAAUGACCCAGCUUCGCAGCUUACCGAAGCUGUACGGAGUAUCCCUGGGGCAAAUUACAGCAGCUGUGGCUCAGUUGCCACCAGAACAAGAAUUUCAUAUUCGUAUCCAACGAAAGACAUCAAGAACCAGCUUUUGUGGAGAAUUACUCAUGGGGUGGCGGCUAUUCUGCCUCAUGACUCGGUUACACUGCUGCGAGAAAAGGUCUCCACCCCCAAAUCUUACCUCGCUCUUGGGCCGACCAUUGCUGCCUUGAGUACGGACAACACGCCGGACUGA